AGUACUGAAUGGGGAUCUUCUCUACUCGACAUGUUGCUUCUAAAAAGCAUGAUAAUCAUCUGUACACCUUCCGUGCCAGAAUGUUGACUAACUACAACAUCCUCGUAUUCCAUCUCAUAUUGUUCUCAGCAAUAAAUGUCGUCGUUGCAACAUCUUCGGAAGUCGUGUCCUCUACUAGGCGGCACUGUCCGUUCUAUCGCGUAACAAGCGAGGAUGAGGUCGUCCGAGAGCAAAAGCCUUGCAGCUGUCGCGUACGUGGAGGUGGAGAGGAAGGGGGACGCGAGGUGCCAGGAGAUCCAAGGACAACCACAACAUCGAAAGCAUCAAAAGCUGAUGUUGCUCACCUGAAUGUUAAGGCUUGUGAAUCUUGUUCAGUAUCCCUUCACGUGGACUGUGCUGGUUGGAUUCCCCUUAGAAGUCGAGGGGAUUCUAUCCUAACUACUAAGAGACCGUAAGACUAAUAGUUGUCAAGAACAAGGGGCUCUAUCCUAAGAGGGAGAUGAAAGGGAAUCCACUCAGGAGGAGAAAAUGCGAAUGCCUGGCACUAAGAACGGCACAGCUGGGCCCUAUGGAUGGUUUGCUGGCAUGAUCAACCUGCACGACGCAGGUGGUUACGGGACACCGCUAUCAGAUGUUAUUCGAAGACACGGCUCUCACGAAUCAGGUGGGCUCAGACUCUUUAUGUUGAAGAUCAUGAAGCAGAUUCUUCAAGUGACAUUUAGCUGAGCCUGUGUCUGUGACAUCGAACCAGGGAAAGCAAGACAAUUUGAAGUCGUAUCCAAGAAUUUUCAGGAGGUAUUUUGCCAAAAUUUCAAAUUUAUUUCCUGAUGAGGCCUUUGCAUCAGCAUUAGGUAGAUGCUUGGAAGAAUCUUCUUGAAACUUUCAGAUUUUUUUCAAGCUUUCUAGCUGGAGCAGUACGGGCGAUUCAAAACUUAAGGCAUGGUGUUGUUUCUCCUCUUCUAUCUUCUGGUAAUAUUGGUGGUAGCAGUGGUAUGAGGGAUUCGAACGAUCGUGGCCUAGUAUAGGUAAAUAGAAAUAUCAAUUUUCGUAUUGCUGGAUCUAGGUGGUGUUUUGUUCAAAGCUGAGAGUCAUCGCCUUUCCCAGCAUUUCUACGUACUCGUAUGUGUUUCCUUCCUCUAAAAACCGAGCGAUGGCGGAUUAUUCGACCGGAAUUGCGUAAGCUUAUCGCGAAUUCGCGGUGGUCAGAGCGAACCGUAGGGAAGCAGAAAGCUGCUUCCAGUGACAAGACAGCAAGGAGUAGCCCUCUAUAUGGUUUAAGGCUGUUUUCCUUGAAGAAGAGCAAUUGCUUUUGCACCAGGAACGAAGAAGCUACAUUAACUCUGUGUUGCAGAGGGAGUUCAAACCGCUGAGUUGAAACCACUCUUGGUAGUGUAGUAGGUGGACAGAUGUGGAUUCAAGGAGAUCCUUCCCCUUAAAUUCUAGUACUUGUUCCGCAGCUAUAACAAGAUCUAUUUCUAUGCGAUAAAGAUACUUUUAGUGGUCUUAGACAUUGUUAUUGUACGUAGAUGGUCGUGGAAUUCGUAAAUCUAACGCUUCCUCUAAUUAGUACAGCAUCCGGUCAGACGAGGGCAAGCAGUCGGCGAAAUCAUGAACCAUUGCAUUUGCUGAGCCAACCUAGCGUGGAUCACUUACGCCACGCUCUCACCGUGGGCUAUCACGAUAACGUUGUGUCUCUUAAGAUGGUGAUGGAAACGGAAGUCGUGGAAUAUUAUAUUCACACUUUGUAGAGAAUGAAGAAGAAGACUACCUCCAAUAGGUGGAGGGUCUAGUCCUUGUUACUUCUUGCAACAAGGCCAAGGUAUCUUCUGUGUAUAAGUAUAGGGCUGAAUUGGCUAUGGCUUUGGCUCAUCCACAAGAAAUAUGGCUUUGGCAUCAUCUUAUCAAAUCUAUCAUGAUCAUAAUUGGAGCGUUAGGACACAUACUUGUUUCACAAUCACAAGAAAUAGAAAUAGGAAGAAUGUACAACUUAUGUUUUCAUCUUCGCUAUCUUGGAGCUUUUGCCGACCCCAUUGGACGGGACAUCGAUUCUGAAAGUGAACGAUUUGACUAUCGCAAGCGCUCCGCAGAAUCACGACGCUCAAAAGUUGGUCAGCUUCACGCCACGUCACACUGGAAAUGUGCUAUCGCUGACAGGACCCGUAGAAUUGACAAGAUCGGCGGGGGAUUCUCCAAGAAGUACUAGCCCAACGACAACGAGUACAACUUCUUAAGGCUUUUAUUUCAUCUGCCACAGAGAUACGACUAGGACCUAACCUAACCACAGAGGUACUACUAGGACCUCUAUCUAUCACAGAGAUACCUAACGACAAGGUGACAUCCAAUCUCGCGACUUUGUCAUCUUCGCUGAGUGGUUAAUGAAAGAGCUUGUUUCCGGAAUUAAGGGAAUAACGCCAGGCCAUUGGUAGUCUGCCCUUGAAAAUGCAAACGCGGCACUGGCUCUAAGAAAGUAACGAGGAGGAGUCGGCUUCUGAAGACGAGGACGAGCUAUGUGCGUCGCCAGCUGGCCAAGAACUCCGGACGAUGUUUUCUGCCAUGGUGUUUACACAUUUUCAAAAUUUUUAAGGCCACGACGAACGUGUGACGCAUUUUUAUCAGUGUCAAGCAGCCCAGGUCCUGACUUUAUUGUUGUCAUGCAGCAUGCGUUUUGAAUGUUGAUUAGUAGUCGCAGGGCAUUUCGCUCGCGGUUACAAUUCCGCGACUGGAGAUCUGCGAAAGUGAACGCGAAGCGCUCACUUCUGUCCCGAAGCCUUGCCUUUUAUCCUACAACAAAGCACGUAGCAAAAAUUGCCGCGGGUGUGAAACUUUACACCAGGCAGAAAAGCCAGAAGCAGAAAAACACACGGGGCAGAGAAGCGCAAAGGCGGCGAAGUUUUCGAGGAUGUAAAACUUUAGCGCAAGCAGAAAAAGAGACAGAAAAAGACCACACAAGGCGGAAAAAUAUGAAGCGGAAAGACUGGCCGAGGGCGGGAAAUUUUUCCCCAGGCAGAAAACGGAGCAGAAACAGAAAGAGAGGACGGAGGCGGAGGCCUUUCCCUAAGGCAGAAGGCGGGGCAGAAAAGGGGGACGAAGGUGGAAGCCUUUCCCGCAGGCAGAAAAUGAAACACAAAAAAGCACGAAGCAAGGUGGAAGUUUUUCCCCCAGGCAGAAAACAGGGCACAAAACGACGCAGAAAGAGGGACGAAGGUGGAAGCUUUUCCCCCAGCCAGAGAACGGGGCAGAAAAAGAAGCAGAAAAAGGGACGAAGGUGGAAGCUUUUCCACCAGGCUGAAAACAGGGCAGAAAAUGAAGCAGGAAAAGCGGACGAAGGUGCAGGUGGAAACUUUUCCCGCAGGCAGAAAAAGCGGAGGAAGUUAGAACUUUUCCCGCAGGUAGAAAAGGAGAAAUGUAGAAAAUUUUACCCCACACAGAAAAGCUGGAUGAAAAACAUGAAGCAGAGAAAGUGGCGGGGGGUGGCAAUUUUCACCCCAGGCAGGAAAAUGGGCGCGCAGGAUGAACACAAAGAAAGCAGGACAAGCGGAUGGGGGUGGAAGUUCUUACCCCAGGCAAAAGGACAGCAUACAGAGCGAGCAGCGAAAAUUAGUAAAAAUUCAAGGACGGUGAGGGUGCCGGAGGCUUUUUCUCAGAGGUUAAGGAAAGAGAAACACACGAGGCAGCGGCAGAAAAAUGCAAACAAGCAGAGCGACUGACUUCUGAGUCAGGGCAGAAAAAGUAAACAGAAAAACAUACGCAGCAGAAAAAUUUCAAGUGAACAAAGCUGGCCGCUAUAUUCUAGACAUUAUAUUCAUACGCGAAUAUAUUAGUAGAUGCUGAAACUUCUCCGUCGAUAAAGGUUGUCUUGGUUUGGUGCUAACCAGCCAUAGACAGAGGCAUGCGGAUGUCGGCCAUCUCUAAAAAUCAGGAGUCUCUGAGCACGAGGUCACUUUCCCAAGUUUUUUGCGGAGUGGACUCUUGAACUUUCUCUUGCCUCGAACGCAAGUGUAUGUUGAAGAAGAAGGGUCGACAAAUGUGCUUGCGGUGUAUUAAGGCUACGUGGUGCUGUUUACUGUUUUGGAGAUGAAGCGUCCUGAUUCAAUUUUGUCAAACAGAACAGACCGACAAGGUCCAAGGAUCUAAUUCUUCGACCGUGAAAUGCUUCAAAGACAAAGUCAAAACAUGCCAAGCUCUAUGAACCAUCUAAUUCUUCGACCGUGAACUGCUUCAAAACAUGUGGCGGUAUGCAAACAACUACCAUGGAGGAGCUCGUAGUGCAAAUCUCACUCUAUUCCCGGAUGCAUCACCAGAGCUUCUUGCGGAAGCCCUUUUGUGUAACAGGGAUGCGGCUAAACGCGAAGAGUUAGCAAAACUGCUCAUGGAAAUCCAGGAACUUACUCGCCCAAUGAGAGAAGAGCCUAGGCUAACUUUUUUGGAUCUUGGUGCAAACGUGGGUCUAUGGUCUCUCAUGGCAGCAACGCAGUUCAAGUCGGAAAUAUUUAAGAUUCACGCCAUCGAUUCAGAAUCCUCUACUAAGUAGUAGAGGAUCUCCAUCUAGAUACUAGAGAUAUUAGUCAGCUGGGCAGUUUCAUUUUUUCAUCGACGUAAAGACAAAAAGUUUGAUCUUCUAGAAGAUGAUCUUGCACCCGCGUAGUGUGUACUGGCAGGAAUGUGAUAUUACCGUUACGACCUGGUGAUGUACUAGCAGCUGUAGUUGUUUCAACAGAAUCAUCUGUGGUCUCACCUCUAAAGCCUUGGCCUUCGAGCCCGUAGAGGGCAAUGUAGAGCGACUACGGGAGACACUGUACUGUGACAACAAAGAGCUCCUUUUGCAAAACUUCGCGAAUCGCUUUGUGCAUCUUUUCCCUGUGUUAGGACUAGAAGAAAUCCAUCUGAGCCAGCAUCUUCGGUCCGUUUUCUACGGGGAAACGGUCACCAAGAUGCUCUACAAGAUGGAUGUCUUCUAGCUCGAACUGUGGCAGUAGGUGCUCCCGAAGAGUUAAGGCUUCCCCUAAUCGGUCUCCAGAUGCAUGCAUCCUGAUGAGGGCUGAGGGCGUAGGAGAGAGUAUGGCUUAGGCAUCCUCUAAAAGAAGCCGGGGAAUCGCGGACAAUGUCCUUGGUUCAUUGGAGUGCGGCAGUCCUACGUGAAGGAACAACGCCUGACGACACACAAGAAGGGGCCCAACAAGAUCAGGGAGGAGGUUCGCAAGGAAAAAAUGACUUGCAACUGGAAGAGGCCUUUGAAAUAUCAGAGGCGCAGAAGCUGGGCUUAGUCGAUGCGCAAGGGAGGCCAAUGGCAAGCGCACGCCUUCGACUUCAUACUUAUGGCAUAAUUUAAGUUGUUAAAGAUAUAUACUAUAUAUCUCAAGGUGAACGUGGAUCAAGCUAAGUAAUAAUAUGUAAGAGUACUUCAAUUUCCUCGGGUUUAACUUUAAUUUUUGAGGAAUCAAUUCCCCCUUACACGAGGACUUCUUGAAGUUCAACAACAUCAGCAACAUCGACUUCUAAACAAUCGUUGAUAGCAUUUGGAGGAGACAUUUGCAAUCGGCUUUGUCACCUCGGCGUGAGGUUUUCGUGAAAGUAGACGUUGAGGGGUUCGAGUGCGCAGCUUUACUCGGUGCAGCGGAGUUCUUGCGGUCUAGUCGGGUUUGGGGUGUCUUCUUUGAGUAUUCGCCGCCAUGGUUAUGGUCAGCGCUUAUUAUCCAUCCCUCUCAGCAUUUCGGUACUACUAGCCUUUUCCCAUAUUAGAAUACCAAUACAAGGAGAAAGGCACCCGGGUGAGGAGCUGCCGAGAAGCGUGCACGGAUUCAAGCACACUCUAACAUGGCAGGAAGGAUCUUCUAUUCGAGAAGGAGGAGAGCCCACACCGAUACCAACAGACUACUCGUGUGUCUCAUCGCACGUGCGAGAUAGAAUGACCGCGCUUUUUCUUAUGUUGAAGUACUUAGAAGUUUGUUGUUGAAGUUUAUUAAGUAGACGACCCACGUUCGUAGACGUUAUAUAUCACGGGUAUUUUUUUGCACUUGUCGGAGUCGGACAGGAGCAUUAUUUACUACUACUUGUUCAUGAACCAAGAACUCAUAGGGUUCAUAGUUGUCCUUUAUCGGAUUCCUCAAAAUGAAAUCUCUAAUCUUGGUGAUUUGAAGUUGUACCAUUUUUUCGCCAUGGGAGCUGGCUACGUCUACCCUCAAUUCGGGUGCCACCUGCCAAGCCUGUGGAGCUGUAUUAGUGCAAAACAACGAUUAUGAAAAACAAAAAGCCAGUAUUGUUCAUGUCAUUCUUGAUGUGGGGACGGGGAGUUUGAUCAUUUUGUGACAUAAUGCUCAUACUCUUCACAACACAGCAUAGCAUAAUGCUUUUAGUGUCCAUUUUCAACAUUUUCGACUCUCGAACAUAUUGACUGUAGGCUUUACCUCAAAGCAGGACCAACUGGACAGACUUGGUCGUGCCGUGGGGUACUAGAGCCUGUUUUCUCACACAAAGGUCCUUGGUUGACUAUAAUAUUUCCCCACGGGGCUUCUCAACCUUAUACUGAAGUACAAAUUCUUAAACCCAUCAACUUCAACCUCUCACUCAAACUCAUCAAGCGGCUCAAGUCUCACUCUAAGAAAGAUUCCGCCCCUGAAGAAUGGAAGCGCGAUAAACAUAUUCGGAAUUCGGUCUGAGCUGAUCAGCAACGACGAGGAGCUAACGAACAUUUGGCGGAGUGUGAAUUAGUUGUAGACUUACGUGGUCGUUCUAGUUUCCGAGCAGUAGGUUUACUCUCGUAUUUCCCGGCUCUUAUCUCACGCUUACCAGUUACUACAGAAGAUGGAUGAUCAUGGAUGUUCAUCUGUGCGUCUCCGUUAUGGUCUUGUUAUUCUGUAACAGGAGAGGAAGAGGAUAAUGGAGUUUCUUUUAGCUACGUCCUCAUGUUAAUUCGUAUUUCUAGUCGGAUAAAAUAAAGUUGUAAAGCAUAGGUGACUCCUGUACAACGUAUAGCUGCUGACUCUUGGUCCUGUCGUGAGUGCACACGUCGACACUCUCACUUCUAUUCUAUCUUGAAUACAACAAGAAACGACUCACAUCAUUAAACUUUUUCCGUAUCAUCAUCAUCAUGUUGUUCUUGAAUACGCAACGAUUGGGACUGCUAGUCAGUACUUGUGGAAUAUCUAUAUCAUCCUUCGGAAUAUUAUGGAACCAAAAACCUCGCUCAUUCUCAUAUUAGCAAAGAUUUUUGAAGUUAUUGUAUGGCUAGCGACUGAAACGGAGAGCCUGCCUAGCUAACUCCAGGGGCUUAAGUCCCAACCUCCGCUGGUCCCGCCUCUCGAAUGGGUCGGCUUCUCCCCAAGACCAACUGCUACGCAGUACUUCUACUUGUGGAAUAUCAUCCUUCGGAAUAUGAUUGUGGUUGAAAAAGCCAGAAGUCCUCGAGAGUUUGGAUUCUUCCCGUUCCUACGUUAGGAAGUGCAGAGGUAGAAGAUGAGCACGGGCAACGUGAUCAAGCAC